CAGAAACAAGAGAGGGAACGACGUUAUGUGUAAGCAGUAUUUGUCCACUCCCAUCAGAUAUUUCCGUAUGAUAUCGGUUACAGAGGAUAAUUUUAACACGUACUGCAAUUCUUGAGCAGAUUUUCAAUGAGUGGGGCGCACAGGCGUUUAACAAUAUCGCUCGAAGGGAUGCUUGGAUCUUGGUCCAUGAUGACGUGUGCCAACUAUCUUUUCCAAAAUGUUUGGGCUGAAAACUGAAACAGUGAAAAGCCUUAUACCCGGACGACAGCUGCUGGAUGUGAUUUUGAAUUUUAAAAAAGUCUGUCAAUGGCCCUAUAUUUAUCUCCUCGGGGUAUUUGGAGAUGUAUCAGACGGAAAGGGCUUUUGAUAUUGAGAGAUGUGGCCUUUGCUUUGGUGCUGUACCUGCUAACAUUUGUUUUCAUUCUUCCCCAAAACAUGAGAAAUGUGAGGUUUUCGCCAUAUUUUAUAGAACCGGAGAAUAUCACUGAUAUUCUAGUUGAACAAAAUGAACAGCGUGUAAAGUAUGCUCAGGAGUUUCUGAAAGGGUUCACUGCAACAAGAAAAGAAAUGUCAGGUCCAUCAGAUUCUAAAAAAGAUAAAGAAUAUUUGUACAGCAUUGGAAUUAUCACUCAAGAGCGGAAUAAUAACAAGGCAAAAAAGAAACCAUUUUACUUGACUCAAGUUGCUGCUCGAUUUCUUGAAAUACUGCACGGUCCAAAUGGAGGUUAUUCUGACAGGACAAAAAUUUUUAUUUGCAAUGUUGAUCCAAACACAUCUGGGGUGAAAGAGGUGAAUACCCUCUCUGAGCACUUAGAAAUUGUGAACAGAUUUUCACCAGAUUCAAUAAAUAAAGGUGAGACUGACGCCUAUGAAAAAGAAAAGAUGGAUUAUAUUUUCUGCCUCCAGGAAACUCUGAAACAUUCCUCAAAAUAUGUUAUCCUGAUCGAGGAUGAUGUUCUUCCUAUUCGCAAAUUAUUGGAUAUGCUGACAUAUUUUCUUGAGACCAAAAUUAAUGUGCGGUGGUCCCAUGGCUACCCAGUCAACACCGCUGACUCAUGGCUUGCUUUUAAGCUAUACUAUCCAGAACGCUGGCAGGGAUAUAGUAAAACUGUGAAAGAUAUUAUUGAACUGGCAUCUUUUGGAAUUAUUGUAGGAUCUUUAUUGACUUUUAUAUAUGUUAGUUUUCUACAUAGAGCUGGUAAUAUUUAAUUCAUGUUUAUAGUUUUUACAACUUAUGGAGUUCUGUUGGCAUACUGUAUAGGUAGGGUUAACUUGUAUACGGCCCUUGGUGCU